AUGCCCAAGGCAACUAAAGGAAAGUCCAGGCCGGCAGCCACCCCUUACGGCACCAAGAAGACAGCCAAGAAGGAGACCAACCCUCUCUUCGAGAAGCGAUCCAAGACCUUCGGUAUCGGUGGUGACCUCCCGUACAAGCAGGACUUGACCCGGUUCGUCAAGUGGCCCGAAUACGUCCGUCUCCAGCGCCAGAAGGUCAUCCUUCACCAGCGUCUGAAGGUCCCCCCCGCAAUUGCCCAGUUCUCGCACACCCUCGACAAGAACACCGCCACCCAGCUCUUCCAGCUCCUCAACAAGUACAAGCCCGAAUCCAAGCAGGAGAAGAAGGCGCGUCUCUUGUCCGAGGCCGAGGCCAAGACUAAGGAGGGAGACAAGUCGACCACCAAGGACACCAAGAAGCCUUGCUUUGCCAAAUACGGUCUCAACCACGUUAUCGGUCUCGUCGAGCAGAAGAAGGCCAACCUCGUCGUCAUCGCCGACGAUGUUGACCCGAUCGAGCUUGUCGUCUUCCUCCCCGCUCUCUGCCGCAAGAUGGGUGUCCCAUAUGUCAUUGUCAAGGGCAAGGCACGUCUCGGUCUCAUCUCGGGCAAGAAGACCUCGGCCGUCCUCGCCGUGACCGAGGUCCGGUCAGAAGAUUCGCAGGCCCUCGCCAACCUCGUCUCGGCCUCCAAGGCCAACCUCGAGAAGUCCGAGGAGGCACGCAAGCACUGGGGUGGCGGUAUCCGUGGUACCAAGUCGGUGGCCAAGCUCAGGAAGCGGGCGAAGGCUCUCGGCCAGGACGCCAAGAAGGUCCAGCUUACGCUCUAG